GUUAUUUACCAGUGUUAUCAGGAGUUAGAGCGUAAGCUAGUCAGCUAGCCACAAUUGCAAUAUUGAAAAAUAAAGUAACUUAGCCUAAUGUUCAUUAUUAACGUUAGCUAAUAAACAUUAAUAAUUAACUGCGCUAAAAUGAACCAAUGGUAUGUUAUUGAAACAUAACAUUAAUUUAACUGCGCUAGCCUAGUUGGCUAGCAGGCAUUUUCCACACCAGUUUUACAGACCACACGUUAGCUAGCAGUGAUAGCUAGUCAUCCUGUAUCUGAAAUACCUGUUAUUGCUGCAGUUUGCUUGCUAUUGCUAGACAGCUAGCUUCGCAACAAGUGGAAAAGUAGCAACCUACUGCAUAGUUGCAUAGUUAGAUAACGUUAGUUGUUUAGCAAGUUAGCUAGAUAAAUAUAAGUUGUAAUGUGGGUAGCUAACUGUUAUUGGUCACAUUUUCAUAUGUAUAUCUAUGAAACUGUUAGUUAACAUUAGCUAGCUAAAUAAUUGCAGCAGAGCUAACUUGCUUGAACGCCUGGUAACGUUAGCUAGCUAACUUAUUACAUCAAUCCAGUUAGCUAGUCAGAUAGCUAGCUACAUGCUGUUGAAUUGCUAUUAUUAUUUACUAAAGAACUUCCUACAGGAUUAAAAGUGAUUUUUGAUUUUAGAAAUAUUGAGGUAGACAUUCGUGAAAUGUGUGUUAAAUGUUUCCCUAGCUAGCGCUAAACUGCGGUCGAGCUAUCACCACUUAAAAUUAGGUGUGCAAGCAGAGCUAGAGUGAUGUGAGACUAACGGUACCACAGUAACGUGUUGCGUUAUUAGAAACACUUAUAGAAACACUUGUACAACGUGGCUGAGAUUGUAUUUUAUUUACAAAGAUUUAUUUACAUUAGGGCUGGCCAACCCAGUUCUUUUGAGAUCUUCCGUCCUGUAGGUUUUCAUUUAAUUAGCAUCUCUAGCUGUUGAAUGUGGUGUGCUGUGCCCCAGCAACAAGAUGUCAUUGGUGGAUCUAGGGAAGAGGCUGUUGGAAGCUGCACGAAAAGGACAAGACGAUGACGUCAGGUCGCUCAUGGCCAAUGGAGCCCCCUUCACCACAGACUGGCUGGGGACAUCGCCGCUGCACCUGGCAGCUCAGUACGGACGCUAUUCCACGGCGGAGGUGUUGCUGAGAGCGGGAGUCAGCCGGGACGCUCGCACUAAGGUGGACAGGACCCCCCUGCACAUGGCUGCUGCUGAGGGCCACUCCUCCAUUGUGGAGCUGCUGGCCGGGCAGAGUGGGGCAGACAUCAAUGCCAAAGACAUGCUGAAGAUGACCGCUCUGCACUGGGCGGCCGAGCACGGCCACCGGCAGGUCGCUGAGCUGCUGCUCAAAUACGGAGCCGACGUCCACGCCCUCAGCAAAUUCGACAAAACGCCUUUCGACAUCGCCAUGGACCGCCACCACGCCGAGCUCGUGGUCUUAUUGCAGGAAGGGAUGCAGACCCAGGUGAAUUUGAACCCAGAGAACAACCUGGCAGGCAGUACCCUGGCUGCCCUUGCCUCACCCCAGUUUAUUUUCUCCAGUGCUGGGGUGGUCAACCUCUCCGACCUCAUCUACACCACGGCCAAAUCUACCUCAGAAGAGUCUGUCUCCACCACGUCUGUACUGGCUACACUAGCAGCACUGGCGGAAGCUUCCGGCCCCAUGGCUCAUUCAAAUAGAACAGGGGAACUGGAGGAGGUCACGGCUGCCAAUUCGGUGGACUCAGCCAUCCAGCACAUGGUGGGCGAUGGGGGUCAGAGGGUCAUCACCAUAGUGACAGACCAACAUGGCAAUCUGCAGACGGGCGGACUCGGACAGCAGUUCUUUGUCACCAUGCAGCAGGGGCAGCAAAUGGUAGCAGUCCCAGCCAGCCAGAUCACAGAGGAGGUGGUGGAAGAGGAGGUCCAGCCUACUCCCACCCGUAAGAGGAGACUGGAACCGGCGGCCAACCACACCGAGCCCAAGGCCAAGGAGGCAGUGCAGGAGGACAGCAGGGAGCGGCUGCAGGAGCAGCUGCAGGAGGCCACGCGUAAGGCCCAGGAGUACCGGCAGCAGCUGCAGAGAAAGGAGCAGGAGGCGGAGCAGUACCGCCUCAGGCUGGACGCCAUCGCACACGGCCAGACCAACGGCAGCAGCCCGGGGGAGGAGGAGGAGGAGGUGGGGCAGGAGGAGGUGCUGCUGUCUGAAGGGGCCAUCAUCAUAAAGGCAGCAGAACUGGACCCCUCCGAGGAGGAGGUGGUCACGCUGGCGGAGACGGUGGAAAGCGCUGAGGCGGAGGUCUCUUUGUAAUGACAGACUCACAGUGGGACAGGACGGACGGCCUGGUCCAGCUGCAUACAUUCUGCCCUUUCACUCGCGUUUCCUACAUCAUACAGUUUUGUAUGAUUAUUUUACUGUACCUUUUUAUGUACAUAUGAAGAAGCCAUGGGAAUCUGGACCACGAUGCCUUCCAGACGAGCUUUGUCUGAGAAGACCAGAGCAGUAAUGUUCAGUGCUGGACAGUCCAGAUCUCAUACAGCCACCCCCUGCUCAGUGUUCCCUCCCUCCUACGUUGCCUUAUGAAGGUUUCUGCCACAAACGUUUUUGUCUACUUUGUUUCCCUUUUCAAAGGGGACUUCGGAUGUGUCUUUCAAAAAACUUCUUCCGAAAGGAGCUUUAUAAUGGGGAUUUGGGGGUGAGGAAUGGCAUCCCUAUCUCUUAUGAACCAUUGUAAAAGAUUUGGCAGGGAUAUUUUGCAAAAAGUGCUUUCAGGGAAGGAUUAUUGGCCUGCUUAAUAGAGUUGUUUUAGUGGGGUUCAGCAGUGAGCGAGACCGUCCCAUAGCUGCGGCACGCACCAGCCCCCACAGCGCUGCAUCCCAUUUCCUCUUUAUCUGAUGCGUACUUCAUUGUUACUGUGAGAAUGUGCACAGUAAAUCACAAAUCACUUUUCAGUGUUGGGUCAUCAGCAUUUCCUCUGGGGUGCAGAACUCCAUACCAAAAUCCUGUGCAAAAGGAGCCUGUAAUCUCAGUGCCUUUAGACUCACAAGCUCUUAAUAAUCAGUUUCUCUGAGGAGAUGGUUACGCCCACCUCUAACUUCAGGCUUCAGGAAAUUAAACAUCUUAAUUUCAGUUUCUUUUGAUAUUUCAGUGGCAACUGGGGACCCCUAUCCGUAAAGUCACUUUCAAACUGCAGCUAUUAGACAAAUAAACUAGUCUUUUGUCAUCAUACUCAAGAUCGCGUCCCAGUGCCCUGCUUUUGGCCUUUCCUCUCGCACUGCAUGCCGGGAACCUGUGGCUGGCUGCUUCCUGAGCUGGAGUCGUCAUGGAAACAUUACAGUCACGCUGACCGCCUUGAGCCUGGUCAUAGUUCAGCGAGCAGUCGGCGGCGGUGGUAGCUAUGGUUUUGCCGUACCAUGGAUACCACCAAUAGUCAACGGACAGAGGAUCCAUCUUAGAAGUUUCAUUUGCUUCAUCACCAGUUGUAUAAUCAUUGUUCAUCAUCGUUGUAUAACGGAACCCUAUCUAGCAAUCUGGAAUGUUGUGCAGAAGAAAGUGGCCUCCGUAUUGUAGGUGGUGUGCUGCCUAUUACUGAUGAGUCAGGCUAAGAGCUAAGCAAACAGUGCAGGUGUCAGAUAAAAAUAAUAACCGUGUGCAGUUCCAGGGGGGAUUUACAGCAAAGUUUAUUUUGUAUGGUACAGACCUUCAUUUUUAUACACAUGCUAUUUGGAAUUUUUACAGUGCAUGUACUUCUGGAUUGCCUGUGUGGUUCUACAAAAUAGGCUAAUUUGUCUUGAGGUAUCUCAGUAAAUGCGGAUAGAUAGCUUGUUUCAAUGAAACUUAUUUAAUAGGUGGAUUUGGUAAAAUAGCAAUUUUCUGAGCCUCUUUCAGUUUCUCUCUGCAUCUGCUUAACCUGUCACUGACAACUAUCCAUAGAGGAAAUCCUGUUUUGUAAUAUGUGUCAAAUGUAUAUUUGUAUUUUUAAUGACCAAUUUUGAAUACUGUGCAUUGUGGGUGCUUUUUAUAUACUCAACCAGCAGGUGGCACUACACUUAAGGAGAUGCAUCAAGGUUGACGAACACAAUUUAUAAUUUAGCCAUUAUUUUAUUCCUUUAUGUCUUCAGUCUCUUGUCUGAAAAAUGAAACGGAUCAAAAUAUUUUUUUAAGGUUUAGCAGUCCCAUUGGAGUUCAGUAAAUAAGCUUUUAAAAAUGUCUGUAAUCAAUAAGGGAAAUUCUUGUUUUCAUAACUGUGCCAUCACCCACCAGUACUGGUACCCAUUGUUACCCAUCCCAUAUUCUUCCUCUGUAUUAUUGCCUAUCAGCACAAAGCUGUCUGGUCUUCUGUUCUGUAUCAGGAUUACGCCAUGCGGAGGCGGCGGCUGUAAAGCACGUCGUGUGAAAGUUCUGCCGCAUGCUGAAGCCCGUUGCUGUUUGGCAGUAGUUCUGGUCUUCAGUGUUACAGUUUGCAUGGGCCUAGCUCCUAGGCUGUAAUUAUGGCUUGUCUAAUUCUAGUUUAUUCUGUAAUUGUGGGCCAAUGGGCCUUUCAAAUGCGUUGAAUGUAAUUUGAUUGAAAAUCAUUUUUAUACCAUUGAUCCUUUUUGGAGUAUUGUAGGGCUGCUAUUUUGCAGUGUAAAAUAAGGGCUUCUGUUAUCUUUUUUGUAUGUAAAGAUCCUGUCAGGGGUUGUCUUCCAUACAUUUCUAUGAACCACAAAACAAUGAAAACAUGACUAAAUUACCCAGUUGUUUGCGGAAGAAAAGCAACGUAAAAGUUGAGUUUUUUUCUUUUUGAUGAAAUAUUUUUGAAUUGAAUAAAUGUGCACUCAUUCACAAGAAAAAGAUGCCUCAAGUUUUAUUGUAUAGAAAUGUUGAGCUCUUGAAUUGGAUCUCAGGUUAUAUGGUGUAUUCCACCAUUUUUGUAUGUAUGCUUGUUUGGACAAUAUGAAUCAAUUUGUUAUGCAUUUAAAGGGUAUUGUACUAAGUGCCUUUAGUUUAUCAAAUUGUGUGCGACAUUCCCAUGUCAAAGGGGUUGCGUAGUCUUGAUUAAAAUUUACAACAUU